CGCGCUUAUAAUACUGCGCUGUAUAAACCAUAUUAAUUACGAUUACAAUUGAAAAUAACAAUGAUAACAAAAAAGUACUUGAUGCCAUUUAAAUUUCACGUCUCAAAAUUUUCAUAAAGUUAGCUGAAACACCCUGUAUAGGUAUCGAUUUCUAAUAUGAACUUGUUGACAAUAAUUCUUCAUUAUAAUUUAUAUUUGUCAUUCAUUCACUUGUUUUUAGUGAUUAAAUAUAAUUGUGUCGUUUUGUUAUUUAAAUAAUCAACACAAACUGAUAAUUACAAUUUUAAGAGACUCAAGCGAAUAUCGCCCAUGGCGAGAUCCAUCGAGUUCAUCGGGACUAUCGAUACUGCACGACACGUUAAACCGAAGAUUUCAAUUCCAACCUUAAUGAAAUAUACCCUAAAUCUAAGAGAUUGAAAUUAAAUGCUAGAUUUAUAAUAUCAUGCUGAAUCUUAUCUGUUUGUAACGAAUCAACUCAUCCUUCGUUUGAUUUGAAAGAAGUUGUAACAUCAGUUAUUCUACUUCCAGAGGGAUUAAAAAGUAAUUUUUGUAUAAAGUAACAAAAGUGACGUAAAGUUGUAAUGAUUGAAAGCAAGUUCGCGAAGCAGCUAACAAUCUUUAGAAAUGAAUUGCAAUGGGGGGUCGUCCAUGAGUGGUGAACGUAGAUCAAAUACCUUUAUGGAUAUUAAACCAAUUAUCACGUAUGCUGGAGAUGACAAGUUAUUUUCUACAUUGGAAAACAGUUUACUCCAAGCUAUACCUGCUGAUAUGGCGGAAUGGCGUAGGUCAUUUAGUAGACCAAUUAAACAAGUCAAACUUGGAGCUAGUUUUGUACCAUUUUCUAAAGAUGUUUUGCCAUCUGAGAAUGAUUGGCACUUGAUAAAACAACCUAUAUUUCAUAUUUAUUGGACUGAAUGUUCUGAUGUAGAUACUUACAAAACAACUGUCAGAGAAGAUAUAGAUAACUGGCUGAAAACAUUAACACAGCAUCACAUUCAUGACUGGAUGAUUGUUAUUGUAGAAAUAUAUGACAUAAAGAAGACAAAUAAAUUAUUACCCAGGACAACGGUGCUGGAUAAAAUUCGUAGUGAUUUUGCAGCAAAGAAUGGUGACAGAUGUUGUGCUGUAAUAAAUCCAGUAAAAUCAGAGAUGCGCUCGGCUGAAUCAUGGAGAAGCCUAAUCGGUCGUAUACGCUAUCUAAUGCUUGUUGCAUACGAUAAAACGUUAUCUCGGUUUGAAGACAUUAUUAGGGAUCAAAGAGAAAAUAGGAAUCAUCCAAAUUGGAAUUUUUGUCACUAUUUUCUACUGCAGGAAGAACUUGCGUUUGUUUUACAAAUGUUGGAAUUAUAUGAUGAAGCAUUAGUACAGUAUGAUGAAUUAGACGCUCUCUUUACACAAUUCGUGCUUAAUUCCAAUCUAGGAGAUACUCCUAUCUGGCUAAAUUUAUUUCAAACACCUCUAAACAAUUGGGGUGGUGUUAAUUUAAGUAACGGUACAAAUCUUCACUUAAGACACCUUUUGGCUGAAUGCAAAGCAUCGUUAUUAGAUCUUAGAAGUUAUUUAUUCAGUAGACAGUGUGCCAUGUUAUUAGCACUUAACAAACCAUGGGAGGUUGCGCAAAGAUGCUUAUCAUUUGUGCACAACACGUUAAGUGAGUUACGUAUAUUAGAAGUUCAACAUCCCGAGGGAUCGAUUGAAUGUUGGUCAUUCCUUUGUGCAUUAGAGGUAUUGCAAGCUUGUCAAUUGUCGUCCUAUAAUAUCGAUAAUAAUCAACAACUAGAUCUUUGCUCCUUACACACAGCAAGUUUAUGGGCUCUUGCCAGGGAUAAAUUGGGAAGUUUAGGAAAAUUGUGUGGGUUAAUGCCUGGAAGUGAACCUUCUAGUGAACAAUUACAUACAGUCGUUUACCUCAUAGCUGGUAUGGGAGAUUCUGAAUCGCAGGUAGAGGGUAAAUUGACGCCUACCGACAAAUUGAAAGAAGCGCUUUCAUCAAAGGAGGCAUUUAAAAAACAAUAUCUUGAGCACGCAGAAUUAGCUAUGGGUACUUAUAAACACGUGGGUCGGAUUCGUUCGGCAAGAUUGAUUGGUAAAGAACUGGCACAGUUUUAUAGUGAACUCGGAGAAAAUCAAAAAGCUGUUGCAUUCUUAUCGGAUGCAUUAAAAACGUAUACCAACGAAGGCUGGAAUCAUUUAGCGGCGCAAACUCAGCUCGAACUGGCCCAAUGCUACAAAAGAAUGGACGACGUAGAAAAAUACACGAAAAUUUGUACGGCUAUCGCUAGCUUAAACGUACUACACGUUACCGUUCGUAAUACAUAUUUUGAAGAAAUGUCUGGGUAUAUGAAAAUGAUCUCGUCGCCGCAACCCUUACUCGUAGAACUGGCGUGUGCUUUUGUGAUACUCAGUAUGGAAGUUAAAGUGGAUAAAGUUGUCCAAGAUUGCAUGGUCAACAUCGAAAUAAGUGUACAAAGCUUAUUUCCCAGAGAGGUGACAUGUACCAAAGCGUCUGUUUCUGUUGAAGAAGUUCAAAAACCUCAAUUAUCUAAUAAGAAAAAAGGUUCAAAGUUAUCACCGGAACCGUCAAUUCCACUGCUAUCAAAAUGUACUUUAGAGGAUAUGAAAUCAUCCGACCCAAGUUUAAUUCAAUUACAAGUGUAUUCGUUUCUAGAAAGAAAAGAGGAUAAAAGCUUUGGGUCUGCGAGCGUUGUACACAAGAACAUUAAGCCUGUUGUGAGACGUUCUGAUAGUACAAAACAUAGAAAACCUUCGCUAAAUGUAAAGGGUGAUUUCAGUAAAGCGUUAUCGUGCAACAAGUUUACAAUGAAACCAGGCACGAACACGUUCACGUUAUCCAGAUGCGUCGAUCAACCUGGUUUUUACAAAGUUGGCCAACUAUCGUUAAUUAUCGAAGAGAGAUUGGAAUUCCUAUCGCCCAUGUUGAAUCCUCGUUUAUGCUACGAGGUAGCCAAGACCCAGCCUACCAUUUCUUUGAGAUGCGGCAGAGAUUUAUUGGCGGGUCUUGUACAAGAUAUCGAACUAGUUAUUAUGAGUAGUAGUAUAAAGAUAACUAAAGAAAUGAAGCUCAAGUUACGUACAUCUAGGGGACUGUUGAUCCAAGUGGAUAAUUUACAAGAAGUAAUGUCUAAAGAAUUAGAAAUACCACUGCCAUCGUGUGAACCAUUUGAAACGGUCCGAUUGAAAUUUAAAGUUUUAGCUGAACUUCCACCAAAGAAAGAUGCAUUAUCAAUGGAACACAAGCUGAAUAUUCAAUGUCCAUGGGGUGCGGAAGAGAGUAUACUUUUACAUUUCGGUCCACCUCUUAUGUCGAAUAUGAAACUUCACACAGCAAAACAAAGAAAAUUUAUACAAAUAAUUGUAACAGGAUUAACAAGUCAACUUCUGCAAUUGAUUGAACCGGAAUUAACAACAGCAACGUCAAUAGAUGUUAAUUUUAAAAGCUUGAAUCCCAUUGCGGGUCAGAGAUUAGUAAUAGGUAAUGGAAUAAACGUAUCAUUUAUGUGGGAACUUGAAAUUGGUAAAGAUGAAAAGUCUCUGAUACCAAUAAAGACUGAUUUUCGUGUAAGAUACGUACCAAUUAAUGACACUGAAGAACUGAACGAUUUACAUACCAAUGAGGAUCCUCUGCAAAUACAUACGUUACAAAGAGUGGAGAAAGCAGCCAGUCUUUAUAGAUGCAAUUUUGAUAUUACAAAUUAUGUGACUUUAUUUACAGUGUCUUCAAAGGUUGAAGCAGCUGGAAACGGGGGUGAAUUUUGUCGUGCUGGUAGCAUGUGCCAUCUUUAUCUUACUGUAACACGUAUGUCACCUGGUGCUAAUCCGAAUCCUUCACCGCAAUUAAUGUAUGAAGUUCUUGCUGAUCAAGCUAUGUGGGCUGUAUGUGGUCGUACCGCCGGCAUUGUGUCUUUGGAAGUCUUAGAGAAGCAAAGUGUCACAUUAGACGUGAUGCCCUUAACUAGUGGUUAUUUACCUCUUCCCGUUGUUCGAUUGUCUCGUUAUAUUCCAGCACCAGAGUCCAAGAGUGAUAUGGUUCGUAAAACUGAGAUAGCUUCUAGUUCAAGAUUAGAACCGUUCAGUCCUGGUCAAGUUUACAAUGCUAGUAAGGCACAGCAAGUUCAUGUUCUACCAGCAGCACCUUCAGAAGUAAACUGAAUACAAACAUUGAUAUUGAGAACAUCUAAUAAUAAUUAUGCAUGACAAAAUGCAAAUUAUAUACGCACACGACCAAGUCCAGUUCUGCAUUGUGGUCUACGAUAUUGAAUAAUAUUAUUAUUCACUUAUGAUUCCUUUAUCUUCUUUAAUUGAAAUUUGAGUUUUGCAUAAAUAGAA